GUCCUGGUCCACCCAGUUGCUAACGGCUACUGAGACUGUUGAUCAUGUCUGGACGCGGCAAGCAGGGCGGCAAGGCUCGCGCCAAGGCCAAGACCCGCUCGUCCCGGGCCGGCCUGCAGUUCCCCGUGGGCCGCGUGCACCGGCUGCUCCGCAAGGGCAACUACUCGGAGCGGGUGGGCGCCGGCGCCCCGGUCUACCUGGCGGCCGUGCUGGAGUACCUGACGGCCGAGAUCCUGGAGCUGGCUGGCAACGCGGCCCGCGACAACAAGAAGACGCGCAUCAUCCCGCGCCACCUGCAGCUGGCCAUCCGCAACGACGAGGAGCUCAACAAGCUGCUGGGCCGCGUCACCAUCGCGCAGGGCGGCGUCCUGCCCAACAUCCAGGCGGUGCUGCUGCCCAAGAAGACCGAGAGCCACCAUAAGGCCAAGGGAAAAUGAGUCAUUUGACCUAAGCCACUUAAAACAGUCACCAAAGGCUCUUUUCAG